AUGUCCUACAGAUGCUGGAUAUCCAGGCAUCCCAAUUACGGAGGAUGGAAUCUUCAAUCAAUCAUAUUUCACAAAUCUGUAGCAAUAGUCGUACUGUUAGGAGCUCUGUACUGCAUUGGUUUUGCUCACUGGCUGAACAUGUACUUGCCACAGACAGUUGAUAUUCAUAAAGAGAAAGUUGCAAGAAGAGAAAUUGGUAUUUUGACUACCAAUAAAAAUACUUCAAGAACCCAUAAGAUUAUUGCACCAGCUAACCUUGAGCGACCAGUUCGUUAUAUUCGAAAACCUAUUGACUAUACAAUUCUAGAUGACAUUGGACAUGGGGUAAAGGUGAGCACACAGAAUAUGAAGAUGGGUGGGCUGCCACGUACAACACCUCCUACUCAGAAGCCCCCAAGUCCCCCCAUGUCAGGAAAAGGGACACUUGGGCGGCACUCCCCCUAUCGCACACUGGAGCCAGUGCGUCCUCCAGUGGUACCCAAUGAUUACGUACCUAGCCCAACCCGUAAUAUGGCUCCCUCGCAGCAGAGCCCUGUGAGGACAGCUUCUGUGAAUCAAAGAAAUCGAACUUACAGCAGCAGUGGGAGCAGUGGAGGAAGCCACCCAAGUAGUCGCAGCAGCAGUCGGGAGAACAGUGGAAGUGGGAGCGUGGGGGUUCCUAUUGCCGUUCCCACUCCCUCUCCUCCCAGCGUCUUUCCAGGUCAUCCUGUUCAGUUCUACAGCAUGAAUAGGCCUGCCUCUCGCCAUACGCCACCAACAAUCGGGGGCUCAUUGCCCUAUAGACGGCCUCCUUCCAUAACUUCCCAGGCAAGCCUUCAGAGUCAGAUGAAUGGAGGGCCUUUUUAUAACCAGAAUCCAGUUUCAGAUACACCACCCCCACCCCCGCCUGUGGAAGAGCCGGUCUUUGAUGAGUCCCCCCCUCCACCGCCACCUCCAGAAGAUUAUGAGGAGGAGGAAGCAGCUGUGGUUGAGUACAGUGAUCCUUAUGCUGAAGAGGACCCACCGUGGGCUCCAAGGUCUUACUUGGAAAAGGUUGUGGCAAUUUAUGAUUAUACAAAAGACAAGGAAGAUGAGCUGUCCUUUCAGGAAGGAGCCAUCAUCUAUGUCAUCAAGAAGAACGACGAUGGCUGGUAUGAGGGCGUUAUGAAUGGAGUGACCGGGCUCUUCCCCGGGAACUACGUCGAGUCCAUCAUGCAUUACUCAGAGUGAAGCUCAGCACAGUCAGGUCUUCCCAGAUGAGCUAGAGGCCCUGGGACUUUCCUCCCAGUGAAACAAGCGAAGCAUACAAAUGAUGGAGUUAUUCCUUUUUUUCUAUGUAUUGGUUCAUCCCCUAGUAUUAAAAACAAAAAAAUCAAAUUUGAGUCUGAACAAAUGGAUCUUCUUGCUGUUAUUUGCACGACACUGUCUGGAUUGAAAAUGUGACCAUUUCUCAUUCUAUGGAAAGCAUAACAACAUGAACGUAGAGCUAAAACAAAUCAGACCAAGACUGGCUUGAGAAAAGUCUGGGCUCUUUCUCAGGAAUACUGUACACCCUUGGAUUUCUCUUUCUGCAGAAUCUGUGACAUUGGAUAUUCAUUGCCUCUGCCUUGGAGUUAGUCUCAUGGCCCAGUGGACACCUGUGCCCCUUACUUUCUUUCAUGUGAAGAGGAAGGAAUUAGUGUUUAGAUACCAUAUUUAACUACUUUUUGAUUGUUUCAAAGGCUGUUUUUAACACUGUAAAUCCUGUGUUCUCUUAGCACUGGAGUGUGCUAGGUGAGUUAAUACUGAACUCCCUUGCAUCCUGUCCUGUUUGUAGAUUAUAAGGAUGACAAAAUGUGAGUCUCCAAACAUUCCCACACUCCCAAACAGUCACCACAGUUUGAUUUUAAUGUACUGUUGCAUGAGGCUGCAUUGCUGAUAACAGCCGGUGAACCUGAUAGGAAAUGUGAUCCAUACUUGUACUGCGGUAGAUGUGUGAAUCUGGACACAAAGCUACCUAAGGCUCUGAAGGGAAGAGCUCCAGCCUUUGACCCUAAGUGCUCCUUCAGGAAGGACUUAGGUCAUGAAGUCAGACCAGUUAUUCCUGCCCUUUUGGUAUUUAAAAACAUUGUUUUUCUCCUUUUUAGAAGAGACUUGGUGUCCGGUCUCUUGAUGUCACUGGAUUGGGAAUGACAGGUGCUACUGUGCCCUUGGAUUGCUGUCGGUGGCAGUGUUAUUCUCUCAGCUCUAGAACAGAUUGGACUCUAAAGUAGACAAUCCUAGGAAGAUCUGCACCUCGUGAUUCAGACUCGAGUGUAGUGUAAAAGACAAAAUACUUAACCCAGUCACUCUGAUGAGAGUCAGUAUGAUUCUGAGAUAAUGGGCAACUCCCUCAUCUACGAUUAAUUUAUAUGUAGUGGUGUUUGCGCAUCUGGUGGCUUUAAUAAUCACAUCUGUGAUUAGGGGUGUUGCUGCCCAGUAGGUGAAUACCAUGGUGACGGGCCAGUUUGUAGUUAGAACCAAAGCUUCCCUGUGGAUUCUUACCAGUCCCAUGAAAAGACCAGAAAGAAUCUGACCAGGUAAUUUCACCUGAAGGCUUAAAAGAGGAAAUAGUCGCUAUGUUCAGUUAAGAUGCAGGCCUUGAAUGUGCUGGAUAGUGAUGCUAGGAUAAUUUGGUUGAAAAAUGAAUAAGUGUUGUAGAAGGGAAGAAAAGCAGGUCGUAGAGGCAUAAGCUAACCCCACUAAGAACUGUUAUCUGAGCUUUACUGUGUAACUGAGACUCAACCAGUUUCUUGUCCAAGACUUGUUUGUUUUCAGACAUGCUGUUCCUCCUGCUUUAGCCUCCCAAAACUAGGAUUAUAAGCAGGAGCAUCAUUAGAAUAUUAGGCAUCAGCCUUUUUCUCUUUUCUUUUUUUAAACAUUAUACUUCUAGAUGUUUCUGAACACUUUGGAUUCAUCUUUAACAUGCUUCUAGUAUUCUUUCCACUUGAUGCUUUUGUUAGGUCAUAUUGACUAUCUUCAGGAUAAUGUCCCUGGAUGUCCUUGGAACCUUUAGCUCCAUUACGGGUGCAGCAAGACUAUAUGUGAACAUGUUUAACUUUGCUUGUAUUGGUACGUGGAAACUUUUGAAAAUAGUUGCACUAAUUAUUUAUUUAAGUAGCCAUUUGCUGAGCAAGCUUAGUGGAUUCGCAAGAUGAUGUUUGGAAACCCAGGAAAGAGCUGGUGGUGGGCAAGGAAUACAGCUUACCUGUUGAGUUAAGGUUGCAGAGAACACUUUGUGCUGGAUACUUGCACUAGGGGAAUCCACAGGUCAGCUGAUUCCUUCCAGUUGUAUUACUGAGUACUGAUGCGAUUUUACAAAAACAAAAAAAUGGGAUCUGUUGAAUUUUUUUUCAUCUUUUGAAUUUUUACAAUUUUGAAUUCUAUAAAUUGUCUUGGAAGGAUAAACUCUGUAACAGUGAACCAGGCCUACAGUAAUUGGAGACUUUUAAUGUAUGUAAUAUUUUGUAGAUUGCAUGCUAUUAAUACUGUGAGGUUAUCUCCUAUUUUAUUGUAAAUUUUCCCAUCUAUUUGCCCAUAAACUAAAAUGCAGUUGAUAUUAGAAAUUUUAAAUGAAUGUUGAAACUUUGCUGACCAGUAAGCAACUGCUUUUCCAGGUCACAGGUGCUUUUAAGGCAUUGGUCUUCCUUGAGAUUUCUGAUUACCCUUUAAAAAAAAAAGCUGGAUAUUUGUCUCUUUUUUGCUAUUAAUAUUUGAAGGUCAGUGGAUCUGAGUGAAAAUACAUUCUUGUGCUUGACCUUAUAGCCAAGGCAAAUUAGAAACAAAAAUAGUGCCAAUGUUUUGAAAUCUAGAUCCAAGAGAUUUCAGCCUGCUGUGUUUGGAAUAAAUAUGAAUUUUUAAAGAUGUCUCCUACAGUAUUUUCCUUUUGGUUACUUCCUUCUCUCUUCCUAAGAGGCACCUGCUGUUCCCAUGUUGGGAUUGGUACAGGACUGCUGAUUUUGCUGUUCUUGAAAGCCGCUGGGUGGCAUCUUCCUUACCCUUACUACUGCUGUGUGUUGCCCAGCUAGAGCCUGAUGUGUGCAUCCCCACAGUGGAUAUCUGCAGUGUAGUUGGACUCAUUAUGAUGAUUCUUAUGCAUGGGGCAUCAAAACAAUAGCUUGCUUUUAUUUUUCACUUUUCAUCUUCUUUAAAGAUCACCUUCCUGCAGCAUAACUCAUGUUUUACCUUAUUACCCUCUCUCCUUAUGGAGAGAACAGUGUGUCCUGAAGGCCAUCUUUACUUCUAGAAAGGGCUUUGGUGAAGAAAUGAUUGAUUGCUAAAUCUUUGAAAUGAGUGGGAGUUGUUUACCUCUGAAUAGUUUUGACCAGGAACUGAUGUGUGUGGAGGUGAAAUCUCUCUAACACUGUUAAUUUUGGAACUCAUAAGCCUUAAAAUGCUUGUUCCAGUCACUUUAACAAUGGGGUCAAAUGCUUUGUUUCAGAUAAACAGCUAUUUAGUUCUUAGAACUCAGUCUUCUUCCCAGUGUACCAACUGUUGUAAUUAAAUGUGCUUUAUUUUUCUUUAGAAAGCAACAGUUCCUGUUUUUAGGAUGACACUUGAAAUGAUAUGCCAUGUUUUGAUAAAUAACCACCCAAGUAUUCACAUUGCUUCAAGCUUAAGUGCAGCCUGAGUAGAAAUAAUCAUUUACCCUUGUAAAACUUCACUCGUAGACACAUUUGCAUACAGCUGUGUGUAGUAAGGACGCGUUACAUGUAGCUCUACACUGGCAGACGCAGAGCGGAGAGAGCCGUAACAAAGUCACUGAGUGGAGGCAUUGCGCUUGCUAUCUAAUUUUAUUUUGUGCUCUUUUUUUUUUUUUUAAAUUGAGAAUCUCUAUUUUAAAAAAAUGAAAUGACAGGGCAUAGCUGUGUAAAUGAUCCUUGCUAAUAAAUAUGUUACAUUUUUUUGUAAGACAAAAAGCUUAUUUUCACAUUAAACUGAAGCCUCUUUUGCAAGUCCAGAAUUCUACGGAAAAGCAGUUUUUAAUCAUAUUUUGUGUCCAUGUACUUUUUUCUUAAUGAAAUCGUUUACAGAAAGAAUGUAAACAACUUAUGAUCUGGCCAGUUAACACUUUAUAGCUCCCAGAGAGUUGGUGGUACUGAGUAAAAACCAUUCACGCAACUUGAGUGGGCAAGUGUUGCCAGUAACAUUCCUUAUGUGCGCUAUUGAGCACCUCCAGAAGAGUGAGGGACAUUCACUUAAUUUUUAAAUUGUAUUUGGAAUAAUUACUGCUGUGUACUAAGAACUUGACCCAAAUAAAAAUCACACGAAGUAUAU